AUGGCUGAAAGUUUCGAAGGAAAUGAGAAUGGUUUCGAAGAAGACUUCGAAGAAACGAUGGUGGAGGAAUUCAGGCAACGCUUUCAGUUGUCGGAUAAAGUCAUCGGCCGGGGUGCAUUUAGUGUGGUCAAAUUGGGUCAAGAAGUUGAAACGAAGAGAAACUGCGCAAUCAAAGUAACUGAUUUGUUGAAGUUACAAGAAAAUUUAGAUCUCAAUGCUGGAGACUUAUUACAUGAAGCGGAGAUUCACUUGCAAUUGAAACAUCCAUAUAUCGUGGAAAUGAUCGACAGCUAUUACAUGUCAGGGAAAAUGUUCAUGAUUUUUGAACACAUGGAAGGAGAAGAUAUCUGUUAUGAGAUUACAUCACGUGCAAAUGAUGGAUAUUCUUACUGUGAAAGUGUUAUAAGUUACUUCAUGAAACUUAUCUUGGAAGCAGUGAAUUACUGCCACGAACGGAAUAUUGUACAUCGUGAUAUCAAGCCACAAAACAUCUUGAUGGCCUUUCAAAAUACAAAAUCGCCAGUCAAAUUAAAUGAUUUUGGAAUUGCAGUGCAGCUGAAAGAUGACGAAUUAUGUACUCCUGGUCGUAUAGGAACCCCUCAUUUCAUGGCUCCAGAAGUGGUACUGAGGCUGAGUUACGGCAAAGAAGUGGACAUUUGGAGCGUUGGCGUUUUAUUCUUCCUCUUAUUGGGUGGAACAUUACCCUUUAAUGGUAGUGGUGAUGCACUUUAUGAAACUAUCGAAUGUGGCAUCCCAGAAAAUAAUGCACCCGUAUGGGAUAUUAUCUCGGAUGACGCUAAAGAUCUUUUAAGUUGCUUGCUGAAAUAUGAUACUAAUGAAAGAGUAACAGCUGCUGAAGCUCUUCAACAUCCAUUCAUUAGGAACUUCAAAAAUUGCUCAAAAACUCAUCUUCAAGAAAGUGUAAAUGAAAUGAUAAAAUUUAAUAAUAGUAGAAGAUUUAAGAAAUAUGUCAGUAAUGCUGUUUCCGUCAAAACUGGAGCGGUAGAAGAUAAAGAAGACGAAAAUAAAUAUCAAGUCAACUGCUCCAUUGAUACAAUGACUGUAUCAGAGCUCUCCGAGAACUUAUUUGAGUCGUUAGCCGAGAUACACCAGCUAUCCGGUGCAAGUAUUGAAAAUUUUAGUGUCCUAAAGAGCGUCUUAUCUAAUCCACAGAUUAAGGCUUACUUGAAGAUCUAUGAUAAGUUGCAUGAGCCCCUAACUGUUGAAGAAAAUAUAGAUAAGGGUGAUGUUAUAUCAAAGGUAAUGGAAGAUUGUAAUGGAUCUCAAGUCGAAGUGCCUGAAAAAGAUGAACUCUUAAAAAUAUUGUCAAAGCCACAUUUUUCGGGUCUUCUGUGGUGUAUGGAUAAAAUAUCAAAUAACUAUGAUAGUGACGCUGAUUUACCCCAAAAUAAUAGCACUGUUAGCUUUGAUGACUCUGAUAAGAUUUUUGUGCGCUUAGUUGAAUUUGACAAGUCACCGAACACCCGACUGGGAAUGACGGUGAAAAUGCGCGAAGAUAAACGAUGUCAUGUAGUUAGAGUGAUGCACAAUGGCUUCAUACAUCAGCAAGGAACGAUCCACAUCGGUGAUGAAAUUAUAGAAAUUAAUGGUAUUGUCGUUUCUCACCUUACACCCAGCAAAUUGCGCCAAAUUAUGCUCAGCUUAUCAGGCAAGGUAUCAUUCAAAAUAAUUCCUACCACGCGUCAGAGUCCACAAUCUGUGCAGUGCUACCUGAAAUCCCAAUUUACAUAUAAUGGUGACAAUGAUGACUCAAUGCCUUGCCAACACUUGGGUUUAUCCUUUACAAUUGGUAAUAUCCUAGAAGUAGUCAAUACUGAUGACACAAAGUGGUGGCAGGCUAGGCAUAUCAAUAAUCCAGAAAGCGUUGGCUUAAUUCCCUGUCCUGAUUUGCGCGAGUGGACCUAUUGCCGCCCUACAUCGAAGAAAAAUUCUCAUUCUUGGCUGAAUAAUUUUCUUAAUAAAAAGAAGCAUAGUAAAGAAACGUACGAGGCAGACAGAAGUUCAGACUUUGAUGUAUUUGAUAUUCCAUCAUACGAAGAAGUUAUGCAAGUUAAUCUUUGUAAGAGAAAAACUAUAGUAUUACUCGGUGCAAAUGGCGUAGGCAAACGGCAAGUUAAGACGCAAUUAAUAAAGUCAAGUCCGAUCAAAUUUGCUAGUCCUGCAAUCGAUACUACAAGGCUACCAAGAAUGGGCGAAACACCUGGUAAAAAUUUUAACUUUUUGUCUAAACCUGACAUGCUCCGAAAAAUUGAAGAUAGAGAAUAUCUAGAAUACCGAUCCUUUGAAGUGGAAAAAAACCAAGUUGAAUAUUUUGGUAUCAGUUAUGACGCCGUCCGAACGGUUCAUGAAAAUGGAAAAAUUGCCGUUAUAGAUGUUGAACCAUCGGCUUUGAAAGUACUCCGUAAUAAAGAAUUCCUGCCAUAUGUUGUGUUUAUUUCGCCGCCAUCAUUUGAUCAAUUAGGCUCACUUUGCGAUGUAUCCGUAUUUUCUAAGAAAGGAAAGUCGGAUGAAAUGAUCACCCGUAUCAUUCGUGAUUCACAGAAAAUUGAAAGUCAAUUCCAGCACUAUUUUGAUUUAAUUCUUCAUCAUGAAAAUGUCGAAGCAACAGUAUCUGAACUAAUAUCUGCUGUAGAUCAAACUCAAAUAACUCCGCAAUGGAUACCUGUCUCCUGGAUUUAUUAA